AUGUCGCGAGUAAAGAAAUAUUACAUUUUUCCGAAUAUUAGACAAAGGACAAAUUUUUGCGAACCGAUGUUUUUGGCUUAUUUAAAGAAAUUUUUGAAAAAUUUGGUCAUAUGAAUAACAACGUUAUCUGUAACAAAUCUAUCAUUGAUCACCCCUUCAGACUAACCGGAAAACAUUUUCCAUCGCACUCGUUACGAAAUUUUAUUAUAUGUUCAAAGAACGAUGUAAGACGAAGAUCACGCUAUGAGUGUGAAAAUUGUGACGUGGGUCUAUAUGUCGUACCGUGCUUUAAAAUAUAUCACACUCAAUUUGCGACGAGUCCAGCGGCAGCGAGAAUGCCAACUUGUCUCAUACCUCCGCCAAGUACUUUUCUUAUUCUUCUUGCAUUAGUAAUAAAUUGCUUGGUCCCACAUAAAAUUGAACCUACAGGAGCACCUGAAUCAAAAUUAGUUAUUUCGUGAAAUGAUUGAUUUAUCUUGAAUUAAAAAUAGUUGUAUAAUUUUGCAUACAAUUCAAAUCUUAAUAAUCUCAAUGUAAUAGUAAAUACUACGUAAUCCUUACUUUGUUACAAUAUGUAUAUGUAUACGUAUUCUACUAUAUUACAUUUUCAUAACUUGGAUUACUGAUAACAUAUAAAUUUUCAUUCAUAGGAUUUAGCAUGA